AUGACAGACACGCUGCACAACGCCCCUAUCGUGCUCGACAAUGGGUCGGGCACCAUCAGAGCUGGCUUUGCCGGUGACGACUUACCGAAAUGCUACUUUCCGUCCUUUGUUGGCCGACCGAAACAUCUGAGGGUCCUGGCUGGAGCUCUGGAGGGCGAGGUAUUUAUUGGACAAAAGGCCGCCUCGGAGCUGAGAGGCUUGCUCAAGAUCAGAUAUCCACUGGAGCAUGGCAUUGUCACAGAUUGGGACGACAUGGAGAAGAUAUGGGAGUAUGUCUACAGUGAGGGGCUAAAGACCAUGAGCGAAGAGCACCCGGUCCUUCUCACCGAACCCCCACUCAAUCCUCGCGUGAACCGAGACACGGCCGCCCAGAUCCUUUUUGAGACGUUCAAUGUGCCAGCCCUCUAUACCUCUAUACAAGCCGUCCUAUCGUUAUAUGCGUCGGGUAGGACAACGGGUUGUGUGCUGGACUCUGGCGAUGGUGUCUCUCAUGCUGUACCUGUAUACGAAGGUUUCGCGAUUCCCUCCGCCAUGCGGCGUAUCGAUGUUGCCGGUCGGGAUAUUACCGAGUAUAUGCAGACACUACUACGGAAAAGCGGCUACGUCUUCCACACUUCGGCCGAGAAGGAAGUCGUGCGCAACAUCAAGGAGACUUUGUCAUAUGUUGCUCUCAACCCAAAGCAAGAAGAGAAGGAUUGGGCCUCUACGAAACUCGACCAAGGAAAAUCGGCAGACUACACCUUGCCUGAUGGACAAAAGCUGAGAAUUGGCCAGGAGCGCUUCCGCGCGCCUGAGAUUCUGUUCGACCCCGAAAUUAUUGGACUGGAGUAUCCCGGCGUACAACAGAUCGUGACAGAUUCGAUUGCCCGGACAGAUUUGGACCUGCGUAAAGCUCUCUACAGCAAUAUUGUGCUUAGCGGAGGCAGCACGCUCACGAAAGGUUUCGGUGAUCGCUUGAUCAGCGAGGUGAGGAAGUUGGCGGUCAAGGAUAUGAAGAUCAAGAUCUUUGCGCCACCAGAGAGAAAAUACUCGACCUGGAUAGGAGGCAGUAUUUUGGCUGGUCUCAGCACGUUCAGAAAGAUGUGGGUCAGUAUCGAUGACUGGCAUGAGAACCCCGAUAUCAUUCACACCAAAUUGACAUAA